GAGAUAAGCAAACACCGAAGGCUGCUCUCUAAUAUCACAUCACCACUGCUGAUUUCUCAAGGCCUGCAGAUCCUUGAGAGGCUGACACAAGAUGAAGAAAACUGUACAGAGAUAACCAAACACCCAAGGCUGCUCUCUAAGAUCACAUCAACAGUGAGCAGCCAUAACUUCCUCAGCAAUAGGCGGGACAACACAAUGGUUGAAAUGCUAAGCAGGUCACUCACAGUGGUGAACAGGCUACUUACCAGUCCUGGUGAUGGCGCCACAAGGCUGCGCCAGGAGAUGGCGGGUAACAAGGAAGCUGUCAGCAAUCUGGUGGCUAUUUUGGAGACUGACAGUGAAGGUGCCCAAGAACUGCAUGAACAAGUCCUGGAGGUCCUGGCAGAGUUAGCCUUUGAUGGUUCUUUCACAAAACCAGCUUUUGGUGAGUCUGAAUGCAUGCUCGACAAGCUUUUCAAGACCCUGCAUCGCAUCUUCCUUGAGGAGAAGGAUGGCAAUGCUGUGGUGGGAGAAGCAGACAGAGAGAAAGACACCAGACUGAGGGGAAAAGCAGGGGAAGCACUCGCCAGAUUGCUUCCCGUUCGCGCUGCAAGAGAUGCUAAUAAUGUUGCUGGUAUACUUUCCAAGCAAGAUGAGAUCAACCUAUUGACCAAGGUGUUCGAUCACAUAACAGCUAUGAAAGGUGCAACCAUAGGUGCAAACAAUGAAAGGCAAUCUGAUGAAAGAAAUUUGUUGGCAGCCAUGUUAUCCCUCGUCGUGGUGAUAUGCAAUGAACACAUUAUCAGUAGAGAAGAUUUUGUUCGUGCCAUCCAUGAAGAUGCAGCACUGGUGAAGAAGCUCGCGGAGGUACUGAAACUAAACAAGCAAUGCACGGCUGAGUGUUUGAGAGUAGCGAAGCUUACCUGCCAGGUGGUGAUAGCUAUGGUUCAAGCCAAGCCCAGCUUCGUCCAACAUUUCAAUGAACAUAACUUCAAGGAAGAACUGACCGAGGCUUUGGAAAUCAUGUCGGAGGUUGAUGGCUGCAUGCUCUUUGCUUCUCUUGUGAAGGAAGCACAUAAACUCCUAAACAGCGCACAAGAACAUGGUAAAUGA